GGCGCCAUCGACCUCGCGUCCUCGCCUUGUCAACGUCGGCCACAGCCCAACUGCAUAUACAUAAGCAAACGCGCGCACACGAUCACCUAACACCAGUGCACACACGCGCGCGCGCACGGAAACAGCCAGAAGAAGAAGAAGAGGAGGCAAGCUAGAUCGGCUAGCAUGGGGAACUGCCUGCGGUCCGGCGGCAAGCCCCCAAGUCCACCGGCCACCAGGGAGAGCGGCGGCGGCGGCGGGAGGGAGGAGGAGUCGUUGGCGUCGUACCGCGGGUGGCCGAGCGCGGGCUCGGGCGGGCGUGUCCUGGACGCGCCGAGGCUGCGGGUGUUCACGCUGGCGGAGCUGCGGGCGGUGACGCGCGGGUUCAAGCCGGAGAUGGUGCUCGGGGAGGGCGGCUUCGGGCGGGUCUACAAGGGCUGGGUCGACGACCGCACCCUCCACCCGGCCAAGAGCUCCGCCGGCGUCGUCGUCGCCGUCAAGAGGCUCAACGCCGAGAGCGUCCAGGGCCUGCAGGAGUGGCAGUCGGAGGUGAACUUCCUGGGGCGGCUGCAGCACCCGAACCUGGUGAGGCUGCUGGGCUACUGCGGCGACGGCGAGGACCGCGACCUCCUCCUCGUCUACGAGUUCAUGCCCAAGGGCAGCCUCGAGAACCACCUCUUCCGAAGGGGCGGCUCGUUCGAGCCGCUGUCGUGGGCGACGAGGCUGAAGAUCGCCGCGGGCGCGGCGCGGGGGCUGGCGUUCCUGCACUCGCCGGAGACGCAGAUCAUCUACCGGGACUUCAAGGCGUCCAACAUCCUCCUCGACCACGACUUCGCCCCCAAGCUGUCCGACUUCGGGCUGGCCAAGAGCGGGCCGGCGGCGGGGCGGUCGCACGUCACCACGCGGGUCAUGGGCAGCUACGGCUACGCGGCGCCCGAGUACGUCGCCACGGGCCACCUCUACGUCAAGAGCGACGUCUACGGCUUCGGCGUGGUGCUGCUGGAGCUGCUCACGGGGCUCCGCGCGCACGACCCCAACCGGCCCACCCACCAGGCCAACCUCGUCGAGUGGGCGCGCCCCUACAUCGCCGGCGGCAGGAAGCUCACCGGGCUCAUGGAUCAGAGGCUUGCCGGCCAGUACCCGCCCAAGGCGGCGCUCCGGGCCGCCAGGCUCGCGCACCGCUGCCUCUGCGGCGACCCCAAGGCCCGGCCCUCCAUGGACGACGUCGUCGCCAAGCUCGAGGAGAUCGACGCCAGAGGGAGCCGCGACUCGCUCCCGCCGAGGCCGCGGCCCGUCCCGGCGGCAGCACAAAGGUCGCCGUACCGCGGUUCCUCCAACUCCAAGCCGGCCUGACGACGAACUGAUAAUUCCAUCAGUUAACGAACGGUCUUUCAUUAGUUUCUGAAUUUCUUUGUCAGUUAGGCAGUUUUGUUUUGCUUUAUACUACUUGAUUUUGAAUUACUAAGUCAC